UCGCAUAGUUGACGCAUAAAAACCAAAACAUGUCAAAAAACAAUUUGAAUGGAAAAGAAAUUACAAUAAAAGUGGAAAAAACAAUGAAAGAAAAGGAAUUGUGUCGUUUUUGUGCUGAAAGAUCCUUCGACUACACAUCUGUGUUCACCGAUGACCUUCAUAAGGGUCUUAAGACUCAUUUUGGAAUUUUGAUUGAAGAAACGGACAAUUGGCCUAAAACUUCCUGCAGAAGUUGCUUCAGCGCAAGUAAAAUUUGUUUGGAUUUCAUCACAAAAAUCCGGAAGAGUGAGACGACGUUUCGGGAUCUGUACGGAGAGUGGAAGGAUGUGGAGAUUAAGCAUGAAAUAGAAAUGAUAGACAUCAAGCUGAAUCCUCUUGAGGAUGAAUUUGAGAAUGAAGUCCUAGAAGAGGAGAAAGUGGCUGUGAAAGCAUCAAAACGCUCAAGGAAAUGCAAGCAAGAAAAGGUUUUCCGCGAAGGACCCCGAAGAUCUGCAAGACACCUAAGUAGCUCAACUGAAAUAAAGGAAGAAACAGAAACUCCCUCAUCACCAUCUCAUUCACCAAUUUUUAUGGAAGCCCUGGAAGAUCCUGAAGAUGUGAGUCCUCCACUGUCCACCUCCACCAAAGAGACUGAUAAGAAGAAGAAGAGAAAGUUAAGUGGACGAGAUGAGAAUAAAAAAUACUCCAAUCAAAUUCCGGAGGAAAAAUUGAAGAAAAUUGAGGAAUUCUUCAAAAUGGAUUGCGAUCUGUGUCAGCAAUCGUACACAAAGCUGCGAGAUCUUCAAGCUCACUACCGCGAAGUUCACAAGAGGAAGGGAUAUGUCAAGUGUUGCAAUAUUAAAUUCAAUCGUCCUUUUAAGGUCCUGGAACACCUGGAGCAUCACCUCAAUCCGGAUGCUUUUAAAUGCCACGAAUGUGGGAAGAAAUUCAAAAACCGCUAUGGCCUACAGUUGCACACGGAGAAUAGCCACACACCACCUGAAUUGCACAAGUACAAAUGCCCAAAUUGCCCGAAAACCUUCAUGAGCAUUCAUCGGCAUAGAAAUCACUUGGCUGUCCAUGUAAAGGAGUCCGACAAGAGUCACUUCUGCCCACACUGCAACAAAGCAUUUGCACUAAAUUCCAAUAUGCAGAUUCACGUGAAACUUAUGCACCAAAAAGUAUCCUACCAUGUUUGCGAGAUUUGUGCAAAAAUGUUCAAGAACAAAGAUGUGUUCAAGCGUCAUCAGAAAACUCACACAGGAGAGAAAAUUGAAAAGCUCCCCUGCCCCGUUUGUGGGCGUCUAUUUAACUAUGAUACUAAAUUGAAACUACACAUAGCUCGACAUAAUCUAUCAAAAGAAAUUUUUCAGUGUCACAUUUGCAAGAAAAUCUCACCAAACAAACAAGCUCUGCAGAGUCACAUAAAGUAUGUCCACAUUCGCGAAAGGAUACAUAAAUGUAAAUUAUGUGGAGCUGCAUUUAAGGUUAAACAGCGCCUUGCGGAACAUAUGGCCACCCACACAUCCAAUCAAAUUCUCUACACCUGCCUCUUCUGCCCGAAACAAUUCAAUAGUAGUGCAAAUAAGUAUGCACACCAGAAGCGGCAACAUCCGGUGGAGUACGAAGAAAUGAAAUUGAAAAAGGACGCCGAAAGUCUUGGCCGGAAGAUUGAAUAAAGUAAGAUUAUUUUUUCCUUUUUCAUAUUAAAGUGGAUUUUCUUAUAAA